AUGGCCUCGUCGGGAGAAUUUGAUGGCGAUGACUUUUCCAACAAUCUGUUCAGCGAUCUUGCUCCCCUUCUCACACUUUUCGGGGAGCAAGUAACCAUACAAUUCCUGAGUCUAAGUAUGGGCUGGGCGGACAACUUUCUCAUCGCUAUGGGUCCGCUUGGGAUUAUCACCACCGUCAUUAGCGCCAUUCGCAUCGGCGGCGGUAGGACGCUCAAAACCCUUAUUGGGCGGGCGCGAGAAACUCAGGCUGUUUCGGAACAGGAGCUUCUAUCGUCGACAUCCUCGAAUGUCUGCGAGCUGUGGAAUGGCCAGCAGGUUACACGAAUAAUCGGAGAACCCAAAGAAACAUCGACUGUUGUAAUCUCGCGGGACGGCACUAUUUAUACUCUCCGUCGCGCUUAUCGAAAUGGCCUCAUUACGAUCAAAAAUACCGACAGCAAUGCAAGUAGCAGCAGCCACAGGGAUGUACACAACAAUUAUAAUAGCAAGAGAAGCACAGGCAAUGUUAGUAACAACUCUCAAAGCGAUCAGAAUGAGGAAUACAUCGACGACGCGAACUCCGCCUCUUUGGAUCUGCCGACCAAUCUCACACUCAACACCCGCUCCGCUCCUGCUUCGAAAUUAGAAUUGUGGUCAUGGGCAGCACUUGGAAUUGCUCUUCAGACAAUUGCACUGGUUUUCCCUGGAAUCACAACGCACUAUUGGAAGUGGAAUAAGGGUGACAGUCCUGUGGCUGCGUACGGCUACCCAUGCUUUGUCGUGGGGACCGUAAGCUUGACCAUAGGUUUAAUAUUAUGUGGCCACAUUAUAGAGGGUGCAACAAUAGAGACCGACUUCGCCCUUACCAAGGAAUCAAAGAGGCAGGGCCUGAAAUUCAUUUGCUUACAGAAAGCUCUUUCACUCGGCGACCAAGAGUACCCUGCUUGCGCAAUAAUUCUCGCUCCGACGCAUGGUAUUCUGACAACCUCACGAAGUAGUUAUCUGAACCUCGGUCAUGUUUGGAGCGGAGCUACUCUGUCGACAUUUCUCACCAUUUCGGGAUAUGUAGUGCAGUUUGUUGGGCUCCGAGCUCUUCAUUGGUCAGCCGCGAUUGUCCAGCUUGCUGUAACUAUAGCCAUGACAGUCGUUCGCGCCUUCGCAAGAAGAAACCUUGCAUCUACCCCAACAACAUCAGACUUAGGCUUACAGUUGCACUUUAUUCCAUGGCUUACACAACAACUCAGAUUAGAGAGUGAGAAGGGACCUAUGUCAAAAGGCGCUCAAUCUGGCCUUGGAAAGCUCUUUAAAAGGUUGCGCCACAAAGCAAAUCGCGAAGAGGAAGUCGACUCCGAGAGACUCCAGUUCUUCUGCGAGCUUAUUUCGGAUCAUUCCGAAGAAAGUAGCAUCAGAAUCGACUCGUUGGAUGACAUACACUUUUCAGCAUCUUCCGCUCUUCCAAUGAGAGACAUGGGAGGCUACAUCUGUAGCCAGCUGCUUCAGCGAACGGCAAGGCCCUUGCAGGUAUCCUUUGAGUUUCGUACAGGAGACUCAGUUGAGAAUGACGAACCCGAGACUCAUGGCGCCGCAGAAUCGUUGAGAAUCCAUGCGCAGAUCGUCUCUGGCACCCCAAAGACAAUGGAUACGCCCGAAAAGACUGCCUCAGCAAGGGCUUCAAAAGCGCUAUGCAAAGUCAUCGAGAAAGUGAUGGGGCUUUUGAUUGGCAGCGAUGAGUUCAUUUGGGACGAGCAGAUCGAAGCACUCCUCACCGACAAAAAGCGAGAAAGCCCGCUUCGUAUUUAUUGGGGAUUCGACAUGCGUGAGGGUCGUGUUUCGGGAUUCAGGGAAAAGGAAGCAACUCAAAAGCAUGUUCGGGUUGCCUUCCGACGAGCCCUUCCCGAUCGCCUGUGGCAUCUAGAUUCCCAAAGUCGUAGCCAGCUAUGGGCAGCCAUAUCCUUAUCACUCUACACUGACGCAUACCGAUGGUUGUGCGCCGAUGGACAAGCUCGCCAGACCAAGCAAACUGCUGAUGCUGCUGAUCACGAUUUCCGACGUAUCGUUGGAUACGCAGCCAACGCUGAGGUCUCUGAGAAGAAAGCGAAGAUUCAGGAAUGGCUUACGUGUUCUAUUGACACCGGAACAUCUUCCAUCUUACGAGAGGAGGAAAAAAGGGUUUCGCUGCAGAAAAUCAUAGACGAAGCUACUGGGAAAUCGAACGAGAUGACAGCAGGAUUAAGACAACCCAUGCAACAAAAGGUGUCCCGAAGACCCAAGAUCUCCGGGCGCGGAGCAGAAGAUAUGGCACGAAGGAUCAAGCGAGGGGUCUCUAAAUCAUACCUCGGCGUUUUCCUUUCGUCGUCUGCCGAUGAUUUGAGGGGCUACAAGCAGAGCGAAUUCGAAGAGUUCCUGGUCAAGACCCGCCCUAAAGUAUCCAAAGGCUUUCAAUACGCUCAAGAGCUAUUUUCUCUUUUCAUUCUCGCCGUGGCCUCAAAGACACACUCAGUCAAAGGCAAAACAGUUAGAAAGGUUCCAGAGGAUGGGACGGGUCGAGUGUUCCUGGAGAACUCUAUCUUCAAAUCGAUCGCUGAAAUCGUCCUGGAAGAGGAGCUGGCAAAGAGCAAGGAUGAAGCGUACACCUUGAUCAUACCGGCAUUUUUCAAGCACAACCUUCUACCAACUCAGCUAACUCAGCCUGACCAGACCUAUCGACAAGAGACGGAAAGUGAUGAAUUCUCACCCUUGUAA